AUGGUGACAAGCCACAUGAUCAAGGACGCUCACAUCCCUUCCAAGCCGAAUGGAUCAAGUGUGUGUCGAGGAUGCCAAGAAGGGAAGAUGGUCCAAAAACCAUUCCCGAGCAACCGUGACAAGCGCACCUACAACACCUUCGAGAUGCUCCACUUCGACAUCUGCGGACCCAUGGAAGAAAAAUCUCUGGGUGGCAGCAAGUAUCUGCUGCUGAUCGUGGAUGAAGCCAGCGGAUGCAUGAAGGGUUUUUGUCUGCAUUACAAGUCAGAGAACGAAGAGUGCAUCAAGAAGUACAUCACGAUGAUACAGACGCAGUUCAACAAGAAGGUCAAAUUUGUGCGACACGAUGGAGCCCGCGAGUUUGCGACGAACUCGCUUCAAGAUUUCUACGAAGUCGAAGGCAUCGAGCAACAAACCACGGUGCCAUACGCACAUCAAGCCAAUGGAACUGCUGAACGCGCGAUUCGAACUAUUGUCACCAUCGGUCGUAGCAUGCUCCAUCAUGCCAAGUUGGACAAGUGCUUCUGGGCUGAAGCGGCAAUGACGGCCGUCUAUGUGAAGAACCGUUUGCCGUCACCCAAGAUUCCACACAAGACACCGUUCGAGAUUGUCUACAGUUCUAAGCCAAGUGUCAAGCACAUGCGCGUUUUUGGGUGCCAAGCAUACAUCUUGACCCCGAAGGAGAAACGACUCAAGUGGGAUCCCAAGGCCCGGGCUGGAUUGUUUUUGGGCUACGAAGAAGUGUCCAAGGCGUAUCGAGUUUACGACAUCGAAGCGGGGCAGGUGAUGAUAAGUCGCGAUGUCAACUUCGAUGAGUCGGCCUUUGGAAUGUCGAUGCUGAUUUCCGAUGACGAUGUUGAUGGCCUGGACUUCGAAUCGAUCGAUCUUGAUGAUGAAGAACCGCGUCCGAGACACUUCAAACAAACAGGAAAGCGCAAGGCCCAACCCAGUCACGACAAUGACGACGCAAGCAUGCCCCGAGCAGUGCGCCAACGACCCGGAUUGGAAGAGUCAAGUGCGCCGGAUGACCUCUCUUCACGUCGAGCCAACGAAGAUGAAGAAAGGAAGUCGGAGGAACAACAUGACACACCGACUUCCUCCGCGUUUUGGCAUGCGAGUGCAAACGCCGUCGAAGCAGCGGUCGAUUUUUCGGAGCCGUCGACAUUUGAAGAAGCAGUGUCUGGCCCGGACCAAGUACACUGGCGCAAGGCAAUUGAUGCGGAGCUCGAUUCGAUGAAGCUUCGCGGUGUCUUUCGUGCGGCCAAGUUACCCAACGGACAAAGCGCCAUUGGCACAAAGUGGGUCUUCAAGAUCAAGCGCAAGGCGGAUGGGUCGAUCGAGAAAUACAAGGCACGACUUGUGGCCAAGGGUUUUCGCCAAAAGUAUGGCAUCGACUACACGGAGACGUUCUCGCCCGUGGUCAAGUAUGUGACGCUGCGAAUGGUCAUCGCCAUUACCAAGCACUUUGGAUGGCCCCUCGACCAGCUCGAUGUGGUGACUGCGUUCCUGUAUGGAGUGAUGAAGGAGAAGGUGUUCUGCGCUGUUCCGGAAGGCGUCAAGAUGGAAGGUGAUUUCGACUGUCUCGAGCUGAUCAAGGCGAUCUACGGUCUCAAGCAAGCCUCGCGUGUUUGGAACGAGACCUUCGACGAGUUCAUACGCUCGAUUGGUUUUCAAGCGUCGGGAUUCGAUCCAUGUCUCUACAUCAUGACUUCGGAAGGCCAUUGUGUUUUUGUGCUGGUCUACGUGGACGAUGUCUUGGUGACUGGAAGCUCGCUCGAGAUGAUUGCGCGCACCAAGAACGACCUCAAGACACGCUUCGAGAUGACGGACAGCGGCAAGUGUGCCUUUGUUCUUGGGAUCGAGUUAUUGGACGGUGAAGAUGGCAGCGUGACUAUGUGUCAGCGCCGUUAUGUCGACGAUGUCCUCAAGCGCUUUGGAAUGGAUGAGUGCAAGGCUGUGGCAAGUCCGGUGGACGUCAGCUCUCGACUGGUUCCAAGCAACUCUGCAAGCAAGGUGGAUGUCCCAUUCCGUGAAGCAGUGGGUGCUUUGAUGCAUCUGACGACUGCAACGCGACCGGACAUCGCCUAUGCUGUAAGCUUUGUGUCACGGUUCAUGAAGAAACCCCAAGAAGAACACUGGGUUGCAGUCAAGCGCAUCUUCCGCUACCUACAAGGCACCAAGAUGCAUGGAAUCUGCUACAAGCCAAGUGCGAAGAUCGACUUUCGUGGCUAUUCAGAUGCAGACUGGGCCGGUGACCUUGCUGAUCGCAAAUCGACGUCCGGCUACGUCUUCAUGCUAUUGGGUGCUCCGGUGAGUUGGGGCAGCAAGAAACAGCCAAGUGUGUCGCUGUCUACAAGCGAAGCGGAGUACAUCGCGCUCAGCCUGGCGAUCCAAGAAGGCAAGUGGAUCAAUCGCUUGCUGUGCGAGAUCAUGGCGGCUGCAAACGAAGAAGGACCCGAGCUCGUCAUCCGUGAAGACAACCAGUCGUGCAUCAAGAUGACGAAGAAUCCGGUCAACCACGGCCGCGCUAAACACAUCGACAUCAAGUACCAUCACAUCCGUGAUGAAGUCAAGCGCGGCGAAGUGAAGCUUGAAUACUGCGAGACGACGUUGAUGUUGGCGGACAUCAUGACGAAGGGACUUCACGGACCGCGUCACAAGGACUUGACGGCGGCGCUUGGCAUCCGUGCGUGUUCGGAUUGA